GGGCGGAGCUAUUUCCCACUCCCGAGACUUGAACGACGAAACCUCCGAUUGAGAGCGAUUACCUUCGUUACAGCGGUAAAGGUUCAUGUUUACAAGUUAAGAGACCCUCACACGAAGAAUAAAAAUGAGACUUAGGUCUCAAAAAACCGUGGCUGCUUGUUCGGAGACGCCGAGGCGCACCCGCCGACGGUCCAACGGGAAAACGGGCCGGACGCGCCUGCCGGAGUCGGAGAUUGAAAGCCCGCUUCAAACCAAGGAUGAGACUGCUGACAAAGACUCAGAGGAUGAAGUUCCCACGAUGGUGAGGCGACCUCUGCCUCGUGGCCGGGCAAGGAAGAGGGCUAUCGCUGUUAAUGACCAAGAAUCAGAUUUGGCCUUCAAGACUCCAGUCCGACCCAUCAUGCGCCACGAGCGCAUACUGUCAGAGAUCAACCCGGUGACUCCACGUAAUGCGACAACAGCCAGAAACAUCUACUCGCCCAUUGUGCGUUUCCUCACACCCAACAAAGAGAAUUUAAAGUAUGCAGGAACAGGGACCAGUGUAUUGAUGAGCCCAGAACAUGGUGUAUUUGGUUAUGGCUCCAUUGACCUUCUGGCUGGAGACGAGGACGAUGAUGUCUUCAAUCCAUUUACCUUCAUAAAGAACAUGCCAUCCCAGUCUCAGCAUUCCAGACCUCCUCUUCUAGAUAUUCCCCCAAAGACCAGGAGCACCCCAGAGGCAACACUGGUGGUCGAUCUGGAGGAGACUCUGAUGUUCAGCUCUCUGAAUGUGAUCGAGGACGCAGAGUACACCUUCCACGCAGCUUUCCAGGACCAUCAGUAUAAGGUAUACAUGGUCCUACGACCACAUGUGAAGGAGUUUCUGCAGGCCAUGGCAAAAAUCUACGAGCUGUUCGUUUAUACGUGUGCAAAGAAGGAAUACGCUGAGAAGAUCCUGGACAUCAUGGACCCACAGAGAAAGCUGUUUCGACAUCGGCUGUAUCAGGACGACUGUGCCUGUGUUCUCGGCCACUACAUCAAAGAUGUCAGCAUCCUCGGGAGGGAUCUGAAGAAGACGGUGGUUCUGGAUAAUGCGCCCCACACAUAUCCAUACCAUCUGAUGAACACAAUUCCUAUCAAGAGCUGGUCUGGGGAGUCUGAUGACAGAGAACUGCAGAAGCUCAUCCCCUACAUGGAGAAACUGUCUGCAGCUGAGGAUUUUCAGGAGGUGCUGAAGAAGAGGAAGGAUCACUUCCACAGGCUGCUGUCAGAGGACUGACAGGCCUCUGCAACCCCCCCCCACUUUGGCCGCUUUAUGUGACUUUCACAGCCUGUGUUUGCUUUCCUUUUGCUUUGGCUAAAAAGCAGAAUCCCAUUGGAACUAAGUAACCUGCACACUGUUGGUUUGUGGCGGACCUGCUCGCCCUCCUCCGUCCUCCCAAUGGCUCUAAAGGACAGCAGAUUAAUAUUUCAGACAAGCUGCUGAUUGUUCCUCAGCAAACCUUGACCAGGACUCUUUCCCCAAGCAAUAAACUCCAAUCUGUGUGUAUAUACACAACAUGGAAUCAGAAAUAUGUUGUUUAUAGUCUUUUUAAUUUAUUGGUUAUAUUGCUAAUCAGCUGUCAUCUGUGUAUUUUAGAAUUUUUUUUUUUUAAUUUUUUUUUUAAUGCAAUAAAAUGACCCUGAUAAUGAAUGGGGAAAAGUUGA